GCAGCCAACAACUGCGCGUUGACCCUUCUUAAUUAUCAGCGCUUCGAAGAAACCAAAUCACUAUUGCGCCCAGUGAUACCCGUGGCGCGACGCGUACUCAGAGAUGAUCAAGUCACGCUCAGGAUGAGGUCGAUUUACGCGAUGGCGCUCUACAGCGACGCCGGCGCCACGCUCGACGAUCUCAACGAGGCCGUGACGACGCUCGAGGAGAUGGAACCGACCGCGAGGCGCGUGCUCGGUGGCACACACCCGCUUACAACAGGAAUCGAGCGCGCACUGCGACGCGCGCGAGCCGCGCUCAAGGCCCGCAAAGAGUAA